AUGAGCAACACGGCGAGCCGCAGAAAGUCUUGUGCUUCUUGCCGGGCCAGCAAAGCAAGAUGCUCCCUCGAUUCACCGUGCCGACGGUGCGAGGAGAGGAACCUGGACUGCAAGUACGUCCAUCCACCGAAGCGAUCAGCGGCAUACCGAGCAUUGCGGCCGCUUCCUGUUCUCGUGGACUUGAACCAACAAAGCUCUUAUGUUCAGCUGCCGGUACGCGACGGAAGCACUCCUGCCGUUUUAUCAAUGGAAACCCAGAGUGACCCUAUUGGAGAAGAAUCGAUGAACUGGGAUGCAUUAGUUUUACCCUCAUUUCUGCCUUCAUCCUUGGGCUAUGAGCUUGAGCGUUCAGAGCCACCAAGCCCUUCCUCCACAGUGCGCUUCAACACGCCCCAGAACCCUCGGGUGAUACCGGAACCCAGCGGGCUUCCAUGGCUAAGGAAUCUCCAACAGUCGGACAUACUGUACGAUCAAAGGGCCUUGCUUUUUUUGGGCGGCCCAGAACCUUUCCAUACUGCCAAGACAAGUCAGCUGCUGACGCAAUCCGAAAGUGGCCAGCCUCGACCUUCAUUCUAUCAAAUCAGACCUCUUGCACCGCGGCGUAACAAUGCAGUGGCUUCAUGUUUCACCGUCACAGUACUUCUGGGCCAGCUGUUGGCCUAUCCCAAAAUGAUGGCCAAGGGUGGCCGACUACCACCAUUCAUCUUCCCCCCGUGCUGUAUGGAAGGAUAUCGAUUUACACCUGACCCCUGUGGCAAGGAAUUUCACAAGUGCUUGCCUGAAACCCUGGCCAUCUGUUGCAGCUUGGUGCAGAGUUUUGAGACAAGAACAGCUGGAAGCACUUCGUUCGUGUGGAAAAGCAUAUAUAAAGAGGUAGAGAGGAUCCAAUGUGAGUAUACUUCCUACGACUACAAGACACUUCUUCAGGCCAUUCAGGCCUUAGUCGUAUACCUCCUGCUU